GAGGUGAAAGCGGUGUGUGGAAAAGUUACCAGCACGUCCUGCUUCUGGGAGGUGGGAGAAACCACCCGUGGGAGAAUGAGUUGUCCUGGGUUUUAGGUGAUAUCACACGAACGGUGCUAUAGGGAAGAAGGUGUGACUCCUGCCACCCCACCCCUCCCCAGGCUGGGGCCAUGGCUGACAUGAUUUUUGGCAGUGGUUCUGGCCCCUGGGUUUGCCCAAACGACCGGCAGCUGGCCCUGAGAGCCAAGCUCCAGACGGGCUGGUCAGUGCACACAUUCCAGACUGAGAAGCAGAGGAAGAUGCAGGCUCUGAGCCCCAAGGAGCUUGAGCUCAUCCUGGGAGUCAUCCGCAAGGCGGAGCAGCUGGACGUGGCGGAGCAGCAGCGCGUCGGGCGCCUGGUGGAGAGGCUGGAGAACAUGAGGAAGAACGCCAUGGGGAACGGCCUCUCGCAGUGCCUGCUCUGUGGGGAGAUGCUGGGGCUGCUGGGCAGCUCCUCUGUCUUCUGCCAGGACUGCAAAAAGAAAGUUUGCACCAAGUGUGGGAUAGAAACUGUUGGAGCCCAGAAACGUCCCCUGUGGCUGUGCAAGAUCUGCAGUGAGCAGAGAGAGGUCUGGAAGAGGUCUGGGGCGUGGUUCUACAAAGGGCUGCCCAAGUACAUCGUGCCUCUGAAGAGCAGCAGCAGCAGCAAAGCCCUGGAGCUGCAGAGCCAGCCCUGGCAGGGCGAGCCCGAGAGCGUCGGGAGCGGCCGCUCCUUCACCUGGGCCAGGGGAAAAGUGGUUUCCAGUGACAGUGAGAGCGACUCGGAGCUCAGUUCCUCCAGCCUGGAUGACAAACCCGUCCCUGUGGGAUCAAAAGGCUCUCAAGGGAGAAAGCUCCAGGCAGGAAUGGCACAUCUUCUCCUGUCCCUGCAGCACCCACCAGGGGACCCAGCCCGGCCAGGAGCAGAGCCUUGGGGACCCCCCAGUGUCCCCAGCUGUGGGGGAGCCACAGCAGCCUGGGCAGUGAGCAGGGGGCCGAGCUCAGCCCCACGGAGAGUGGCCAGAGUGACCAAGCCUCGGGCAGGCGCCACAGCGACGCGGGCACCAGCACCCCUGGCAAACGACGAGCCCACAGCAGAACCAGGCUCUGAUGGGGCUGAAGAUGGAGCUGCUCUGUCCUGGAUCCAGCUCUGCCAUUCCUCAGGUUCCACCCCAGGCAGGAGCUGCUGCCAGUGGUGACUCUGAUGCUCUUCCCCAGGCAGUGGCAGCUGGGACAGCACUGCCUGUCCCCUGAGAGCCCCAGCAGAGAGCCUGGCCCUGGGGUUUUCCUGUGGCUCCCGUGGGGAAGGUGCUCCUUGUGUCUGCUGUCGUUGUUUUGUUCUGCUUGGAGUGAGUUUGGAGGGGCCAGCAGGAACCAGAAGCUGCUGCUGAGCCUGGUGGAGCUCCUGUUCCCUCCCUCCCUCUCUGCUCAGGGUAAAGGAACACUCCAAGGAGUUUGCUGGGAUUUUUUCACUCCCCUUGGCCGUGCUCAUGGGAGGGUGGGGGUCAGGGGAGAUGUGUUUGCUGCAGCUCCUGGGGGGAGCACAGCCCCAAACCUCAGCCCAGCUGGCUGCCUGUGGGUGCCCAAAUGGGAUAAAAGCUUUCAAAUGACUUUAUCCUGUAAAGCUCUGCAGAUCCCCCUCCCACGUGCACAGCUUACAUGAGCAAGAGCCUUUCUUUUGCCUUUUUCCUGGAAGUCUGGAGCAUCUGGCUGACUCUGGUGGUGUCAUCAUGAGUCAGGCUCUUGAAAACUGCAUGCCCGGGUCCUGCUUAUCCUCCAGAAUGGACAAUUUCCCUCUAAGGCCUGACAGAUGAGAAAAAUCAAAUUACCUCACGUCUCUGGAGCAAUUAGAUCUUUGAAGGCCUGAACAAAACCCACACUGGGAGUCUGUGGAUUUUAUUAAAUGCUUUGGAGCUGACCUGUCUGUUAUGAAGAAACAAAGGAUUCCAAAAAGUUCCCUCUGCAACCACAGAGUUAAAGGCAAUUUGUGCCCAUUAAUGUCAGCCUUGCCCCUGGUUAUUUCUCUUUUGUUCUGUUUCCCUUUGCUCUGGGCACUCUGUGUGCAGGCAGUGUGUGUUCUCACAAAUGGCUGCAGUGUGAAGAUAAAUGAGAUUGGGUGCUGGAGCACUCUGGCAGGAGAUGGGAAAUCAAUCCCUGCCUUGCUUUUCAGGUGAGCAUGGCCCAACAGAGGCCCAUUCCCCCACUGCUCCCCAGGUCAUGGGCUGUGGCAGCUUGCUGGUGAAAUGCUUCCAAGCCUCCCUCUGUGAUCUGCUCCUGCCCUUUUGCAAAUGGAAACAAAACCUUUUGCUUCCUGAGAUGGCAGAAAAAGAAAUCCCUGAGUGGGAGGGGCACAGCAUCAGUGUUGGAGAGAGCAAGGGAUGAGGUUGUUCUCCACUGAGGGAUGUUUUAUGGCAUGGUCUGUUGUUAACCUGGCCAUUAACUGCAUCUGUGGAAUGGGGAAUGCCAAAACCAUCAGCUGUAGCUGAAGAAGGAACUCCAGCUGUCAGCUUUUGCUGAAAUGCUGGUGUGGUUCCAGGGCUGCUGCUUCUCAGAGCUGUAGGGUCUUCAAUUUCCCAGUAGGGUCUUCAAUUUCCAGUGUGUGUAGGCACCAGAAGGAGUUCUGGUUUGCCUUCAAGCUUUUGGCAGUCCAGGUGAGGCUUGUCCUGCUCUUUGGUGCAGUGCCUCAGACAGCCUGGCCUGCCAGCCAAGUUAAUUCUACAGCAGAAGGAGAGGGGAAAAGACUUUUUUAAAGCUGUUCCUUUCUCAUCACCAGCUCUAGACUGGGUUGGAAAGAGCUUUUAAAGUCUUGAGUGUCAUUUCUAGCUCUCCUUGGGUCCCUGGUGCUUCACUCCAGGGCAGUGCAGGCAGGUCACUGGUGUCCCCAUUCCCACUCUCACUUCCCAGACCACGGGCUGCCAGCUCUGCACAGGAGCCUGGGAGUCCUUGCUGUGCCACUGUGAGGCAGCAGCUCGAUUUUUGACUGAGGCCAGCUUUUAUAAAACAGUCUCAGAGCUAAAUUUGAUGUUGCUCUGGUGCUAGUGAGACUGGAAACUUUUCUUUGUUAUUUUAAAUUUAUUUAUCUUUUCUUUCUUACCUGUGUAUUUUAACUCCAUGGGGUAAUUCCAUAUUUAUCUUUUCUUUCUUACCUGUGUAUUUUAACUCCAUGGGGUAAUUCCAGCUGAGGUUGAACCAGAAUUGUUCAAUCAGCUGUGGAAAGACUCCUCCUGGAUUGAGGGAAGGAUCUGGUCCUGGACAAUGUGAUGCAGGCACAACUGAAUGUGACAGAGGAACAUCUGCAGCUCUGUGCACUAUUUUAUUUUGAAGCCCACUUUUCCCUUUGUGGUGGUUCUCUUGGUUGUGUUUUGUGGCUUUUGUUGGAAUAUUAUCCUAAACCUGAACCUGUCUUUUGAGCCAGCUCAGUGUGGGCAAGAGGAGCUCAGUGGAUGUGCUUAGUCUGCUCUGGUCAUUUGUGUUUAUUAUUUUUUGUGCUCACCUCCAUCCCUCACAACUUUUAUGUGGUAUUUUACUACUGGAAACAAUAAAGCUUUUGCUCAGGAACAGCUCCUUGCCAUUCCUGAAACAGUAGAAAA